AUGGAAAAAACUGAUGAAAAUUAUUUAACUGGUGUUCCCUUAAUCUUAUGUACUUGUUCCAUCAUUCUUGCUAUAUUCGUCACGGCUAUAGAUCAAUCCAUUGUUAUUACUGCAUUGGAAGGGAUCGAAGAAACUUUUGAUUCUGCUUCUCAAAUUGGUUGGGCAAGUUCAGGUUAUAUUUUACCUAUGGCAGUGUUGGCUUUAGCUUGGGGAAAAUGUGGGAUUGUAUUAGGUAGAAAAAAUAGUGUCCUUAUUUCAUUAUUUUUAUUUGAACUUGGGUCUGUCAUUUCAGCCGUAUCUCAUAAUAUGUCGGUUUUUAUUGCUGGAAGAGUUAUAACUGGUAUUGGGGCUGGUGGUAUUCAAACCAAUGUGUUUUUAAUCAGUUCGGAAAUCACUCCUCUUAGACAAAGAGGUCUUGUAUUAGGAGUGGUUACUAUGACUUUAACUCCUGCUGCUGCUAUUGGUCCUCUUAUUGGAGGUAUUUUCACCGAUUCAAAAUCUUUAACUUGGAGAUGGUGUUUUUGGAUUAAUUUACCAUUCGGUGGAAUUGCUGCUUUAUUCUUAUUUUUCUUAUAUAAACCAAAACAUCAACUUUCAAAACUGUUCACCAGAAGUAAUUUAUCAUUGGAAUAUUUUGUGAAAGCUUUUGAUCUUAUUGGGGUAACUUUGAUUUCAAUUUCAUUAACUUUAUUCUUAGUUGGUUGUUCAUUCGGAGGUGAAAGUGCUGAUGGAUUUACUAAACCUUUACCUUUAGCAUUUGUCAUUAUUGGAGCUGUAUUAUUCGUGGUAUUUAUUAUAUUUGAACUUUUCAUUUUUAAAAUUGAUGAAUCAAAAGAAUAUUAUCCUAUGAUUCCUGCUUUCUUAAUCGUUAAAAGACAAGUUUUAGCUCCUGCCUUUACUAUCUUAUUUGGUAAUUUAGUAUUUUUUGGAAUAAGUAUGUAUGUUUCCAUCUAUUUCCAAAAUUUAUUAGGUAUGUCACCAAAAAGUACCGGUAUUCAUUUAUUACCCAUGAUUAUUCCAACUUUAUUAUCUACCAUGACUUGUGGUAUCAUAGUCAGUAAAGUCGGUAUUGUUAAACCAGUAUUAAUCCUUGGAGCUGUGUUAUCAACAAUUGCAACUGGUUUAAUGACUUUAUUUAAUUAUAAUUCAAGUAGUGGUGAGAAAAUUGGUUUUAUUUUCUUGAUUGGGUUCGCCUAUGGUUUUUAUAAUCAAUCAGGUAUUAUUGCUGCUCAAUUAUCAAAUAAAGAAAAUAAAGCAAUGUAUAAUUUAAUCAUUACUGCAUUCAUGGCAUUUUCAAGAUCACUUGGAUCAGCUUUAGCAGGGGUUAUAGCUACAGCUAUCUAUACAUCGAUUUCUACCAAAAAAAUCCAAUCUUUCCCAGGAUAUGAAAAUGAUGGACUUCAAACUUUCCUUACUAAUCGUGCUAAUGGAACUUUAACCCCUGAUCAAUUUAAUAUUUUUAAAGUUUCAGUUACAAAAGGUUUAAGAUGGGUAUUUUUUGCCUGUUUGAUUUUCGGUGGUUUAAGUUUGAUUUCCUCUUUACUUUGUUUUAAUGAAACUGUUCCAAUUGAAAAGAAACCAAAGACAGAAGAUGAAGAAAAAACAAUAGAAGGGGCUGGUGAAACUACGGUGGAUGAUGAAAACGUACCUGUACCUGAACCUACUACCGAAGCUGAACUUGAACUUGAUCAUAAAGUUGAAGCUGAAGCCGAUAAAUCUCAAGUUCAAAUAUGA